AUGCGCUGCCCAAUUGAAGAGCAAGAACUUGACCAAGCUCUUAGAAACACCCGACUAGGAAAGAGCUCAGGUCCUGAUAGUAUUCUUCCUGUAAUACUUGUGAAUGGUGGACAUUGUCUGAGAGCUUUCCUGCUUGACCUUUUCAACAGCUGCUGGGUUACAGAGAUAAUCCCAUUGGACUGCAUAGAUGUGAACAUUGACAUAUUGUCCAAAAAAGGUGACAGAAGUCAUUGCAGUAAUUACAGAGGCUUAUCGCUAUUUAGUACUGUUGGAAAAGUAUGGGUAGACGUCAUUUUGCAGAGGCUACACCUGCUAGUGGAAUCCAUGUAUCCCCAGUUGCAGUCAGGGUAUAGUAAUGGAAGAAGUACAAUAGACGGAAUUUUCACGCUUUGCCAGCUGAUGGAAAAAACAAGAGAGCAACGCAGAUGCUUGUACAUGGCCUUUGUGGAUUUUGUCAAGGUGUUCCACACUGUCAAUUGCAAGCUUAUUUUCAUCAUCCUUCACAAACUUGGCUGUCCGCCAAAGUUUAUAAGAAUCAUCAAGAAGCUAUAUACAGAUGUACAUGCCAGACUUAUAGUUGAUGGUGAACUGACCCAAUCCCUUGAAUAA